AUGCUAAAGCAAGACAGCUGCGUGUAUGGCACCAGCGGGGAGUGGUGGGAGUGUAAAUCAGAAGAUGGUACUUGCAAGAUCUCUGAAUCUGACCCUGAGGAAUUAUCAGAUGAAGCAAGUACUGACACCUUCUAUGGAACUUCUCCACCUAGUACGCCGCGCCAGAUGAAGCGUAUGUCAACAAAACAUCAGAAGAACACCAUUGGGAGACCUGCUAGCCGCUCCACUUUGAAAGAAAAAAUGAGUGUGCCAACUCAGUCUAAUGUGCAUAAAGACAAUGGGAAAACCAUUGAGAAUGUGGAGGAGCACAGCUAUAAGCAAGGAAAGAAGAUCCGAGACACCCUAAGGACAACAGAACGAGACCACAAGAAAAAUGUGCAGUGCUCUUUUAUGUUAGACUCGGUUGGUGGGUCUCUGCCAAAAAAAAUUCCAGAUGUUGAUCUCAAUAAGCCUUACCUCAGCCUUGGCUGUAGCAAUGCUAAGCUUCCAGUCUCUGUGCCCAUGCCAAUACCCAGAGCUGCACGCCAGACUUCUAGGACCGAUUGCCCAGCAGACCGCUUAAAAUUCUUUGAAACCCUGCGGCUUUUGUUAAAACUUACCUCAGUCUCAAAGAAAAAGGACAGGGAGCAAAGAGGACAGGAAAACACCUCUUCUGUCUGGCUGAACCGAUCCAAUGAACUGAUCUGGCUGGAACUGCAAGCUUGGCAUGCUGGCCGGAGCAUUAAUGACCAAGACCUCUAUCUCUAUGCAGCCCGUCAAGCUAUCCCUGAUAUCAUCAAUGAAAUCCUCACCUUCAAAGUGAACUACGGAAGCGUCUCCUGUGUAAAAAAUGGAGCCAGUCUCAAUGGUACUUCAGGAGAAGGAGUUUGCAGAGCAACACAUGGAACUAGUGCUUUGGGUUACUCAAGUUACCAUGAACACCUCCAUCGCCAGCGGGUCUCAUUUGAGCAAGUAAAGCGGAUAAUGGAGCUGCUAGAGUACAUAGAAGCACUUUAUCCAUCCCUACAGGCUCUUCAAAAGGACUAUGAAAAGUAUGCUGCAAAAGACUUCCAGGACAGAGUGCAGGCACUCUGUCUAUGGUUAAAUAUUACAAAAGACUUAAAUCAAAAGCUAAGGAUUAUGGGAACUGUAUUGGGCAUCAAAAAUCUUUCCGACAUUGGCUGGCCAGUGUUUGAAAUUCCUUCUCCUCGACCACCUAAAUAUAAUGAUCCAGAGGAUGAAGAAGUCGAUAGGGAAACAGAAGUAAAAGAAUCCUCAGGAACAUGCACAGAGGAGAGCGAUGGUGAAGAACAAAUCUCUGAGGAGAAUGUUGAGGAGCUUAGACAAGCCAUCAAGAACAAUUUUUCUACUAAGCCAAAUUUUGACUUUCAGGACCAUUUUUCAAGAAGGCUUGAUAGGCUUGAAUCUGAGGAUGACUCUGCUUCUUGGGUUAUUCCAGAAUGCAGUGCAGAGGCAAGCUACAGCCAGCACUGUUUGACGUCCAUUUACAGGCCAUUUGUAGAUAAAGCACUGAAGCAAAUGGGGUUGAGGAAGCUAAUUUUAAGACUGCACAAGCUAAUGCAUGGCUCAUUGCAAAGGGCUCGUAUGGCGUUGGUAAGGAGCGAUCACCAGCUGGAGUUUUCAGAUUUUCCAGAUCCCAUGUUGUGUUCAGAUUAUGUGCAGUUAUUAAAUUCCCCACCUUGUGAGCAAAAAUGCAGCACUGUAUCAUGGGAGGAGCUGAAAUCUAUGGACUUACCAUCUUUUGAACCUGCAUUCUUGGUCCUGUGCCGAGUCCUACUCAAUGUUAUCCAUGAAUGUCUCAAGCUAAGGUUGGAACAAAGACCUGCUGGGGAACCAUCUCUUUUGAGUAUUAAACAGCUAGUGAGAGAGUGUAAAGAGGUUCUGAAGGGUGGUCUGUUAAUGAAGCAAUAUUACCAGUUUAUGUUACGAGAGGUGUUAGAUGACUUACAGAAGAUGGAUUGCAACAUUGAUUCGUUUGAAGAGGACCUGCAUAAAAUGUUAAUGGUUUACUUUGAUUAUAUGCGAAGCUGGAUCCAAAUGCUGCAGCAGUUACCUCAGGCAUCCCAUAGUUUAAAAAAUCUGUUGGAGGAAGAAUGGAAUUUUACCAAAGAAAUAACUCCUUAUAUAAGAGGAGGUGAAGCUCAAGCUGGAAAACUAUUCUGUGAUAUUGCAGGAAUGUUGCUGAAAUCUACAGGAAUAUUUUUAGAUUCUGGACUACAAGAGAGUUGUGAUGAAUUUUGGGCCAGUGCCGAUGACAGUACUGCGUCAGAUGAAAUCAGGAGGUCUGUUAUAGAGACCAGCCGAGCACUCAAAGAACUGUUUCAUGAAGCUAGAGAAAGGGCCUCCAAAGCUCUUGGUUUUGCUAAAAUGCUAAGGAAGGACCUUGAAAUAGCAGCAGAAUUUGCAUUGUCAGCCCCUGUGCGAGAUCUUCUGAAUGUUCUGAAAACAAAAGAGUAUGUGAAGGUACAAAUCUCUGGACUUGACAAUUUACAAGUAUUUGUACCAAAUAGUAUUGCAGGUGAAAAAUCUGUGAUUCUACAGCUCCUCAAUGCAGCUGCUGGAAAGGAUUGCUCAAAGGAUUCAGAUGAGUUUGCGUAUGAGGCCUAUUUACUAAUGACCAAACACAGUGAUAAAGACCAUGAAGCAGGUGACAGCUGGAGUGCAUGGGAGGGUCAGCCAGUCAAAGUAGUGCCACAAGUUGAAACUGUUGAUACACUGCGAACCAUGCAGGUCGAUAACCUCCUCCUCGUCGUCAUUCAAUCUGCCCACCUUGUGAGUCAGAGAAAAGCCUUCCAGCAGUCUAUUGAAGGGCUCAUAUCUCUGCACCAGGAACAGACGUCCAGCCAGCCAGUUAUUGCCAAAGCCUUACAACAGCUAAAGAAUGAUGCAUUACAGCUAUGCAAUAAGAUAAGCAGUGCCAUUGAUAGAGUUGAUCACAUGUUCACAUCCGAGUUUGACGCUGAAGUUGAUGAAUCUGAAUCUGCCACUUUGCAGCAGUACUACCGGGAAGCUAUGAUUCAAGGUUAUAAUUUUGGGUUUGAGUACCAUAAAGAAGUUGUUCGUCUAAUGUCUGGAGAAUUCAGACAGAAAAUUGGAGACAAGUAUAUCAGCUUUGCCAGAAAAUGGAUGAAUUAUGUGCUAACGAAAUGUGAGAGUGGCAGAGGCACUCGACCCAGGUGGGCAACUCAAGGUUUUGAUUUUCUCCAAGCCAUUGAACCAGCAUUUAUUUCAGCUCUCCCAGAAGAUGAUUUCUUGAGUUUACAAGCUCUGAUGAAUGAGUGCAUUGGCCAUGUUAUUGGAAAACCUCACAGUCCUGUUACAGGUUUGUACCUUGCUAUUCAUCGAAACAGUCCCCGUCCUGUAAAAGUCCCUCGGUGCCAUAGUGAUCCACCAAAUCCACAUCUUAUCAUCCCCACACCUGAAGGGUUCAGCACACGGAGUGUCCCUUGUGAUGCACGGAACCAUUGCAGCGUUGCUGUCAGUCGCCCCGCUCCUGUCGGUAGCGACUCAGCUCAGCCCAAACCUCUCAGCAGUGCAAAUGAUACCAGGGGUUCCAGUGUCCCUGAAAAUGAUCGACUGGCUUCAAUAGCAGCUGAAUUGCAGUUCAGAUCCCUUAGUCGUCACUCCAGUCCCACUGAAGAACGAGAAGAACCAUUGUAUCCAAAAGGAGAUUCAAGUGGCUCAUCCCGGCGGAGUUGGGAGCUCAGAACUUUAAUCAACCAGACCAAAGACACUGCUUCCAAACAAGCACCGAUUGAAGCUGUUCAAAAGUCUGUUCAGUUGUUUGAAGAAAGGAGAUACAGAGAGAUGAGGAGGAAGAACAUCAUUGGCCAAGUUUGUGACACACCGAAAUCUUAUGAUAAUGUCAUGCAUGUAGGUUUGAGGAAAGUGACUUUCAAGUGGCAGAGAGGAAACAAAAUUGGUGAAGGCCAGUAUGGGAAGGUCUAUACCUGUAUCAGUGUUGACACUGGAGAGCUGAUGGCUAUGAAGGAA